AUGGCGUGGCCGACGCGGCGCGAGUUCUGUCGGGAAGCUGAGAUGGACUUCGUCACGUAUUUGUCCGUCUGUCGGUCGUCGAGCUGCGAUCUGUGCUCGCAGCGCCACCACGGGUCGGCGGACUCGCACAGGGACCCGAUCAGGCAGCACUUCAACAUGUACAAGAAUCAGAUGGAUUUGGAGGAGGAACCCCUACCACCACCACCACCGCCCCCAAUCUCCACAAUCCCCGAUGAGCGCCACCUAGUGGAGAGGCACGACAGUGAGCGCCACCAUGUGGAGAGACACGACAGUGGGCGCCAGCAUUUGGAACGCCAUGGCAGUGAGCGCCACCAUGUGGAGAGACACGACAGUGAGCGCCACCGUGUGGAGAGACACGACAGUGAGCGCCACCUAGUGGAGAGACAUAACAGUGAUCGCCAUCGUGUGGAGAGACACGACAGUGAGCGCCAGCGCUUAGAACGCCAUGGCAGUGAGCGCCACCAUGUGGAGAGACACGACAGUGAGCGCCACCUAUUGGAGAGACACGACAGUGGGCGCCAGCAUUUAGAACGCCAUGGCAGUGAGCGCCACCAUGUGGAGAGACAGGACAGUGGGCGCCACCUGGUGGAGAGACAUGACAGUGGGCGCCACCUAGUGGAGAGACACGACAGCGGGCGCCACCUGGUGGAACAUCACGGAUUGGAACGGCGGGACAGCGAACGACACCGACAGGUCCCUUCCUCCAUUCCGAUUGACCUCUCUGUGACCUCCAUGAUGGCGGACGGCCGACUUACUCAGGAUGGCGGCCGACAUCAGAGCAUCCCGACGGCAGCUUCGGAAGACGGCCACCAUGCGGCGCUGCACGCGGACGGCCGCUACGUCGUCGCCCAGCUGCCGGCGGACGAGCGAAUCUGGCCACCGGCGGCAGCACCGGUCUCGGAGAGAUACGGCGUGGCGGCAGCGACGGUAGCAUCGCCCGAGCGUCAUCAGCGUUCGUUGUCCGACGAGCGACAACAGAGGGCGCCAAAGUCGGGCGGCGGCGAGCACCAGAGGGCGUCGUCGUUCACGACGGCCGACGGCCGGCAGCGCCCCCUGGCGGCGGGCUACGCGGCGGCGGCCGUCCACCACCGGACGGGUUCGUUCACGAAGGCCGACGAACACCAGAGGGCGCCGAUGUCGCUCGCCGAGAUUCGCUACUCGAUGCCGUCCGGAGCGGCUGGAAGCGCAGGCGGAGCGUGA